UGUACUGGCGCCUGCGCAGUUGGGGGGUGUACAGCAGGGAAUGAUGGCGGCUCUCAGUGCCCGCUGGGUGACAGGACUGACCCGCAGAGCCGCCUUUGGAGCGUGUUCCGGAAGCAGGGAUCAUGCUGCUUCGCUGGUGCAGAGAUCGGCCGUGAGAGCAGCAUCUGGUGUUUCAAAGAAUGAUUUGCCAGGGCCAUAUCCAAAGACCCCAGAGGAAAGAGCAACAGCAGCUAAGAAAUACAACAUGAGGGUGGAAGACUAUGAACCCUACCCAGAUGAUGGAAUGGGCUUUGGUGAUUAUCCAAAACUCCCUGAGAAAUCUCAGCAAGAAAGGGACCCAUGGUACACUUGGGAUCACCCUGACCUUAGGAGAAAUUGGGGGGAACCGAUUCAAUGGGACUUUGACAUGUAUACCCGAAACCGGGUCGAUACUUCACCUACAGCUCUACCCUGGAAUACUAUGUGCAAAUAUCUCUUUGGAUUUAUUGGGUUUAUGCUCUUCAUGUUCUGGGUUGGAGAAAAGUAUCCAGUUUAUCCUCCUGUGGCCCCUAAGCAAUAUCCAUACAACAAUCUAUACCUUGAAAGGGGUGGUGAUGCAACUAAAGACCCUCCAGAUGUUAAAAAUUAUGAAUUCAAAUGAUUUCAUAUUGUGAUGGAAUCUGUACAGCUAUUACUAAAAUACAAUAAAUAUUGGACCUUAAAUAUUUAA